CUUCGUCUACCAGGCUCUGCCUCGGAGGAAAAUCAUGGAAGUGGAAGGAGUAAGAAACUUCAAGGAACUUCGAGCCAAAUUUCAAAACACACUCGAUGCCCCACUUCUUCCAGGACCCAUUAAACCCGCAGUAGGUGUUUCUCACAGGGGUUGCAGCACAAGUGCACCGUCAACCCAGGGUUUGGCCAAUGGGAAAGCCCCUUCAUCCAACCAGAGUCGACCCUCACCAUGCGAUCCCAGUGGUGAAUGUGAGCCCCUCGCACCCCAGCAGAUGAAGCUGACCCAGAGCAACAACAUUCAGAAAUGUUCUAAUUCCCCAGCGCCUCUGGAAGGGUCUUCUGGGUGUGCCAUCAAUUUACAAAAGGCUUCUCUGCUGUCUGAAGUGAAUCACCCAAAAGAUGAGCUAAGGGAGAAGGAAAAAGUGAUAGUGGCGUACAGCUUCAGAGACAAGCUUUCAAACUGGGAGAAGUUUUCAACUCAGAAAAGCCAGGUGUCAUCAACCGUCUUCCUGACCAAUUGUGGAGGUAGAGGCUUCCAGCUGGACGAGUCAAAAAUCUUGGGGAGCGCUCCAGAGAAACUAAAGAAAAGGCUAGACACAAAUGAAGCCAAGACUCUUGCUUCCCAGAGGCACUUGCUGGCCCAAAGAAAAUCAGUUGCCUGCUCUGAAGAGUCCUCCAUGCUACACCACAGGAAAAGUCUAGAGAACUCUGGGUCUAAGAGGACACCAACAGAGAGCACUGUCUAUGAGUGUGAGCUCGCCAGCCCCGUCACAGAAAAGCGGCGGGGUGCCAGGCAUCACCAACUGCCCCAGACGAAGCCACUACCUUCUGUCAAGUCCCUGGGUCCUCCGCCCCCAAAGCCGCCGAAACCCCCAGCCGUGAACCUCCUGGCCUUCCGAAGGCAAGCAGCUGCUGUUUCCAAGACCCAAAGGAAAGAUGCUGUGGAAGACAGCAACCUGCCCCCAGAGAGUGCUGAACUGGAAGACCCACAUGAUUAUGCGGCGACAAUUUCAUAUCUAAAACACUCUGGCAACUCUAGUCACCUGUGCAACACAAAAGGAAUCGCUGAUUCCACUUAUGAAGUUCGGAUUGAAGAACUCCAAAAGCCUCGGAAGAGUUUGCACCAUCAGGAACUCAGCCCUGACCAUGACUGUGAUGAUAAAGCGAAGAAGAAUGGCCCACGUAAAUCAGAACCUGCAAAAGCAGAAGAGAGUCCCCACAUCAGCCAUCAGUACAAGAUGGAGAACAAGGAAGAGACACGAGGAAAACUCCAGCUGAUGAAGGUCCACCGAGGGAGGAGGAGCAUACUGGCCAGGAAGCAGGACUCUGUGGUUGACUUCAUCCAAACAAAGGCCUGCUCUGAAGACCCAGCACUGGCCAGGCACGCCCAGGGCCACUGUGGGUAUGUGGAGGCCCUGCAGGUGACUAAAGAAACCCCUAAGAAGGGGGCCAUUAAGGCAAAUUCCACCACAGAGCAGAUGUAUGAUGAUGUCGCAUCCCCUGAACGAGAGAGAACAAAGUCAUUCUCCUCAAACUCAUUUACUUCAGACAGUGAAGAAUCUAGUGAAGAAACAUAUGAAGAUGUCUAUAAAACAAAAAAAACCUACUCAAAGACAGAUUUAGAUGGACAUGAAACAAUUAAAAGACUUCAACAAUUCUUCAAGAAAGAAAAGGCUAGAUUUAAAAUGAAGAAAGCCAAGUCUAAAGAAAAUGUAAGUGACUUUUCCAUCUCGCUGCCUAAUUUAGAAUUUAGGUCUCGUGAAGUUAUCAUCUAUGAUGAUGUGGUCAGUUCUGAAAGAAAGCCAAAAGAAGGCGAGAAACUGAAAACUUGGAAGGCGAAGUUUUUGAUAUCCAAGGAAAACAAAGGGAAAAAGGCUGCAGGAGAAUCAAAAAGACACUUCUUCAGAAUAAAGAAGUCAAACUUAGAAAAGAAAAUGGCAAAAGAAGAAAAACUUUUUAGAGAAAGAUUUGAGUAUGACAAAGAGAUCAGUGUCAUCAAUACAGCAGUGGCAUGUUCUCAUAAUUCAAGAAAGGGCACCUUUGAUUUGCCAAUAACCCCUGGAGAAAAACUGGAUGUCAUUGAUCUAACUGAACAGAAUCUAGUGAUAUGUCGCAACGCUGAAGGCAAAUAUGGAUAUGUGCUCAUUGAACAUCUAGAUUUCAAGCAUCAAGGUUGGUCACCUUAGCAAGAGCGACAGCAACUGGUAUGGGCUGCCCCCUGUGAGACCUCGUUCUGAGACCUCGUUCCUGCCUCAGUUUACAAGCCAAAUGAGACGGUGGAACCUGUGGAAGUGCACUUGGGAUUAAGACGAGACCAAGGAAAACAAAGCCUUUCUGUUUAGAUGUUGGUUUUACUCCUAAAAGGGCUAUCUUUCAUUGUCUGUUUCCGUGUCUAGUUCACCGUCCAGGAGAAUGAGAAGCAAUGUGUGUGAUCAUUUGAGCACCUGCUUAAUGAGCCGUAGCCAGAGUUAGAAACAGGGCCGUAUGGCUUCUAGGCAGUUGUACAGAUGGUUAGUGGGUUUCUAAUAUUAGUAUACUAUUGUUUGGAUUUUUCUCUAGAAAUGUGCAUGUAAAUUGUGUAAUUUAACUCUGUAUCAUAAAAAAAUAAGCGGUAUAAUCACAGACUCCUAAAUAUGCAAAUUUAAGGUAUAAUCUUAAAAUACUAUGGCUCAGUCUUUUAAAGUAUAAUGAAUAUCUGCUUUAUCACAAAUAUAUAAUAGGGGGAAAUACUGCUCAACUUUGCCUUCUUUGGCAAUAGUUUGCUGAAAGUAAUCUAUUCCUACGUCUAUCCAGUAUCAUUUUAACAAGGACCUGACUAUAAUAAAUAUGCUAAGUAGCCUAUAUGCUAUGUCACUUUCAAACCUCCUGUUGCUCAAAAGCAGGAAAAUGG